UAAAUAGAUGGGGAUAACACUCAUGUUAUUCGUAUCCUGAUUAUGUGGUUCGCAUAAUAUGAACUAGGAAAAGAGGCUAGCAAUCUUUUCUAUAUAUAAAUACCAACUUAAGAAACCCACUUCAUGCAGUACUAGAUCUUGCGAUCCACGUCUAUCAUAUCUUGGCAGCUCUUUAUUCCACCCUUUUCUUUAGCAGGCAGGCCAGACUCUAUCUCUCUGCCCCCGUCCCCCCGGCCCUCUGGCUCUUUUUUCUUCGUGUCUCUUGUGCAUACAAAAGGAACAGAAGCCGCGUACUACGCCAGUUUUCUGCAACAGGUCGCCGCGUCUUUUGAUAUCUUACAACUGCAGGUUCAAAAUGAUCAGGAUUUCGCUGUCGGCAGCCUGCACGCAGGCACAGCCGGCCCUUGGAAACUUCCCUGGGGUGCCUGUUAAUCUGAACAUGGAACCUCUGUUCCGUCGGAAAGAUAAGGUUGUUAUUGUAGUGGGAGCAACUGGCACCGGAAAGUCAAGACUCGCCAUCGACUUGGCGAAGAGGACCCCGGCCGAGAUUAUAAACUGCGAUAAAAUUCAGGUUUACAAGGGUCUUGACAUAGUCACGAAUAAAGUCACCGAAGAGGAGUGUCUCGGGGUUCCACACCAUUUACUAGGAACGACUGAUCCUGACUCCCACUUCACAGCCGACGAUUUCUGCCACCACGCUUCGUUAGUCUUGGAAUCUGUCACAGGCCGGGACCGGCUCCCGAUCAUUGCCGGCGGAUCCAAUUCUUAUAUCGAAGCUCUGGUAAACCACCAUACCGAAUUCCGUAUGAAGUACGAGUGUUGCUUCCUCUGGGUCGACGUAUCAUUGCCCGUGCUCCAUUCGUAUUUACCGGAGCGAGUCGAUCGGAUGGUGGAAGCCGGUUUGGUGGACGAGGCGAGGAAAAUGUUCGACCCGGAAGCGGAUUACUCGCGGGGAAUCAGGCGCGCGAUCGGGUUGCCUGAAUUGGACAAGUAUCUACGGAUAGAAGCCACCGCCGAUGAGAGGACCCGAGCCAGGCUUCUCGAGGCAGCCAUUACGAAGAUCAAGGAAAAUACUUGUAACUUAGCUUGUCGCCAAUUGCAGAAGAUCCAUCGGCUCUACAGCCAGUGGGAAUGGAGCAUGCAUCGUCUCGACGCCACUGAAGUGUUCCGAAAGCGAGGCCGCCGCGAGGCCGAUGAAGCUUGGGACAAGCUUGUCGUGGGACCCAGCGACAUCAUCGUGGACCAGUUCCUCUACGCUCAAGAUCGCGUGACAACCAUUAAUGUAUCACACGAAGCCGCCACUUCCGCCGUCAUCGCCGCUUCCGUGCCCACGGGUGCCGUGGCUGCAGCGUCUCGCUAUUAAUUGUGGGGGCCGUCAGAAUCUACCACCAUCACAUGAAUUUAUGAAGCCAGUGGCCACGUGGCAGUUGAUACCCAGACACUAUCUAAGCUAUAUACUACAUUUUUACUCUAAUUUUCUCAUCAAUAAAU